AUGGGACUGCGAGGAGCAAGCAUGGAGGCAGCACAGACAGGACUGGGCUCCGGCAGGCCCUCUGAGCUCAGCUGUGUGGAAUGGGGCCACUUUGAAGUACUUAAAACCAUCCUCCUGUCCUCCCCGCGGGACGCCUGCUAUGGCAACAACAACGGCUACACCACUACACGUUUAUGCGCUCGCACCUCGCCCACCUCUGACCAGGGCCGCUGUAAAUCGCCUUGUUGUGUUUGCGGCGGCGUAAACGCAACACAAACAAACAGACACCGAGCGAUGCGGAUCAUGUGGAGAAAUACACCGCACUGA